AUGCCAAGUCUAAUAGAAUGGGAAGACAGGAAAUGGCAAAAUAUGGUGGAUUUUAGGCAACAAUACAUUGACUCACCUUGGGUUAUAGGAGGGGACUUUAAUGUUAUUCGGUCAUUGGAUGAAUAUUCGGGUUCUUCAGUUAAAGAUCAAUUAGCCAGAACGGAGUUCAAUGACUGUAUAGAGACUUGUGGAUUGAUGGCAAUGUUGCCCAUUGGAGAGGAAUAUACAUGGGGUGGAACGAGAAGUACGGGUUGGGUUUGUAAAAACUUGGAUAGGGUACUAUUUACAAAGGAAUGGCAUGAUCUUUUUCCUUCCUCUUCUGUUGAGAACUUAAGUCGCCCCUCCUCAGAUCAUUGCCCUAUUUUACACCUUGUUGCGCCUCAAAAUGCAAAUGAUCUUAUAAAUUUCUCAAGAGGCUUGAAGAGAUCAAUGAGAGAGUUGAACUCCUUCCUCAUUACAUAUGAGCUUGCAUCCGUCCAGAAGGUAAACCGGCAAAAAAGUGCCUUUAUGGUAGCUGAAAAUUGUAGCACAAGGAGGAUUGUUGUAAUUCAUCAGACUCUUGGAAUUCAGAAGGGUUCAUUGCCUUUUACCUAUCUAGGGUGCCGGCUAUACUAUGCAUUACCAAUUCAUGUAUUCUCUGCUAUUCCACCUCCCAAGUUUGUGCUAAGAGAAAUGGAAAGGAAGUGUCAACGUUUUUUGUGGAGUGGCCCGGAAGGAACAACUAGAAAGCAUUGGAGAUCUUGGGAAAGACUUACUUUUCCAGUUUCAGAGAAUGGUCUAGGGUUGCGAGACUUCCAGGGGGAUAUAGAUGCUCUGACUGUCAAAUUGUGGUGGAAGCUCAAGCAAAAGAAGGGUCCAUGGAGCAGGUUGUUUCUUGCUAGUUAUGAGUUUCUUUUUCAGGAGGAGGAUGAUCUUUUGGUGUGGCAACUUAAUCCGCAAGGUUAUGGCUAUGCUAUAAGUGGAGAAGGUGGUGUCUUUAUCUAUGGCGAAAGUGGUUACUUGGGAGGGGCUGAUAGCUUUAUGGCCGAGAGGAAUAAUUACCAAGUGUCUCAUAUAUAUUGGGAAGUAAAUGUUGUAGCUGAUAGACUAUCUAAAAUUGCAUCUUCUGGUGUGUCAGAGAUGUUUUCUACUUUAGCUCUAUUGCCUAGAUAUGUGAAAGGAUUGUUGGUUCUUGAUCAACUCUCCUUCCCUUAUGUAUGUAGUAAAUCUAGGGAACAUAAUCCCUGGAUUAGAGUGGUAACUGGUUUGAAAGGUGGUACUUUAGUUUUGGAAUUUGAUGAAAUGGGCAACAUGUGUACACUGUUGGGAAUUCUUGUGGUCUGGGAAGAUUGGGUCCAAGUGGCUACUUGUUUUAGAGGAGUUACAAGCGUUUGUGAAGGAAGUAUCGCAGCAAUGGAAGUAGAAAAUGAUACUAAUAUCAUUUGGAAGAGUGCUUGGCACGCGUUGGUAGUUUAUGAUGAUUGGGGCGGUCGCACUGAAGGUUCCAACCAUGCAGUUGCCCUCGAGGAGCGCAGGCUAAUAGAAUGGUUGCUGCUGAGUUUCAUAUCUGUUUCUUCUUCAUUUGUUUAA